AUGUCGGAACAGACUACCAAAGUAGGUUGGAUAGGUCUCGGAGCUAUGGGAAGUGGGAUGGCCAGUAGUCUCGUCUCUCAAGGAUAUCAAGUCAAUGCAUACGACGUCUGGAAACCCUCUCUCGAAGCUGUCGUCUCAAAAGGUGCAAUAGGAUGCGAAACCCCCGCUAAAGCUGCGGAUGGAGUGAACGUAUUGGCGUUGAUGGUGGUUAAUGCAGCUCAAGUGGAAGAUGUCUUAUUCGGUAGUGGAAAAGUAGCGGAUGUCCUUCAACAAGACGCAGUGAUCAUUUGUUUCUCAACUGUUCCACCUAGUUUCUUGGUCACCAUGGCAGAGAAGUUAGAUGCGUUGGGUAAGAACAUCGGUCUAUGCGACUGCCCCGUCUCGGGUGGAUCCACAAGAGCAGCCACAGGCGAACUAGCAAUUAUGUCAUCCGGUACACCUUCCUCAAUACAACGUGCUACACCGGUUCUCAGCGCUCUUACCAGAACCCCUGUCGGAGCUCUAUCAGUCGUAGGCGAUAAAGUAGGAACAGCGAGCGACUACAAAUUGAUCAAUCAAGUUUUCUGCGCUGUGCAAAUCGCCUCUCAGGGAGAGGUGAUUUCGUUGGCUAAGAAUUGGGGGUUGAAUGUCAGGUUGGUUUAUAAUGUGGUAAGAGGAGCUUCGGGAGAUAGUUUCAUGUUCGGCCACAAAGUUCCUUGGUCAUUGAACCACGACGGUAUACCCAAAUCAGCCAUGACUAUCAUAUCGAAAGAUAUUGGUAUAGUAAUGGACGAAUCACGCCUGCUCAAUUUCCCAGCACCUUUAUGCAGCGUUACCGAACAGGUCUUUACAGCUGGUUUGGGAGCGGGAUUGGCAAGAGAAGAUGAUGAUUGUAUAUCAAAAUUAUGGGAAAGGUUUGGCGGUAAACCUAUUGCCGAACAAGGUACCAUAGAAGAGGAAGAGCUCAAAGCCAAGGAACUUGAAAUCACCUCCUCGACCACCCUGACAGAUAAGAAGGUACUGGUAGUGGGUCUCGGUGCGAUUGGAUUACCCAUUGCUCAGACUUUACAUAACGCUGGGGUCGAGGUGAUAGGGUACGAUGUGAAUAUGGAACAUCUAGAUAAAUUCGCUAAGCUCGGUGGGAAUGUUACGAGCGAUGUUUUAAAAGCUUCGGAAGAUGUGGGAGCUGUGCUGUUUAUCACUAAUACGGCUAAACAGGUUGAGGGUGUUUUGUUUGGUUCAGAUGGGAAAUCAGGUAUAGCCUCGACCUUACCUAAGGACAGUACCAUAGUCAUCUGUUCCACUAUUUCACCCACCGAAGCCACCAACCUACAAACUCUUCUUGAUGGUCUAUCCAAGAAUAUCCAGAUAAUUGAUGCACCCGUAUCUGGUGGACCAAGCAGAGCUUCUCAAGGUGACCUAUCAAUAUUUGCUUCUGGUCCUACCGAAGCUUUAAAAACAGUUCAUCCUAUCUUAUCGACCCUCUCUUCCUAUUCUUCUUCGUCAGACAGUAUCAAGAAGAACCUGCAUUAUAUUCCUGGUGGAUUGGGUAAUGGAUCGAAAGUGAAGCUCAUCAAUAACCUCCUGGCUUCUAUCCACUUAGCAGUAGCUGCUGAAGGUAUGGCGUUUGCCAAAUAUAAAGGUAUGGACACUGAGAAGGUGUUUGAGGUUGUGAGAGGAGGUGCGGCCUAUAGUUAUAUGAUGGUUGAUCGCGUUCCAAGAAUGUUCAACCCUCCUUCAUCGCCCCAUUCAGCCACCACGACCCUGGUGAAAGACUUGACUCUAGUCCUCAACGAAGCUAAGAAAUACAACACACCUUUGUUCCUCGGUCAAGCUGCCUUGCAGCAGUUCACUACAGCAGUCUCGAAGGGCUGGGGAGGAGAGGAUGAUAGUUGUUUAGGAAGACUAUGGGAAGAUAUGGGUGUAAAUCUGAAAUUGUAG